UUUGAGCCCCUCAGCAAAGCACACGUAUAUACCAUACUGUUCAAAUUCUGAUCCCAAAACAUGCCGGUCGACAGCCCCUCACCUGCCAGCCAGACCAUCUGUGUCACCGGCGCUGGUGGCUUCAUCGCCUCCUGGAUCGUCAAACUUCUUCUUGAAAAGGGGUACACAGUUAGAGGCACUGUUCGGAACCCAGAUGACCCCAAAAAUGCUCACCUGAGAGAGUUGGAGGGGGCAAAAGAGAGGCUGAUUCUAUGCAGAGCCGAUCUUCUGGAUUAUGAAGGUCUCAAGGAUGCCAUUAAUGGGUGUGAUGGGGUUUUCCACACGGCUUCACCCGUGACUGAUGACCCUGAACAAAUGGUGGAACCAGCGGUGGAUGGGACUAAGAAUGUGAUAAUUGCGGCAGCGGAGGCCAAAUGCCGGCGGGUGGUGUUCACAUCGUCGAUUGGGGCAGUGUACAUGGACCCCAACCGGAGUCCUGAUGUUGUGGUGGAUGAAUCCUGUUGGAGCGACCUCGAAUACUGCAAGAACACCAAGAAUUGGUACUGUUUUGGGAAAGCAGUGGCUGAGCAAGCAGCAUGGGACAUAGCAAAGGAAAAAGAGGUGGACCUGGUGGUGGUGAACCCAGUAUUAGUGCUGGGACCGUUGUUGCAGCCAACCGUGAAUGCUAGCAUUGUUCACAUUCUCAAGUACUUGACAGGGUCAGCAAAGACCUAUGCCAACUCGGUUCAAGCUUAUGUGGAUGUCAGGGAUGUGGCAUUAGCCCACAUUCUUGUCUAUGAGAAUCCCUCUGCCUCUGGCCGCUACCUCUGCGCUGAGAGCGCUCUCCAUCGGGGUGAAUUGGUAGAGAUUCUGGCCAAGUUCUUCCCCGAAUUUCCCAUCCCAACCAAGUAAGUGAAAGCUCUAGUUUUAAUUCGUUAUUUACCCACGGAGUUUGUCAUUUGAAACAUCAACGCCAUGGUUCCCCACAAGUUUGUCUUACAGCCUUGCACCAUAAGAUAAGGAUAUAAUGGAAUAAUGGAGCAGAUAGACCCAAAGUCCACUAGCAAUUUUGUUCAAAAAAUGGUCCCGUCAAUGAUUGGCAAAACAUAUUUUUAACCCUUUAUUUUAUUAAAUUAGUAGAUUUUAG